AUGAACGCGGAACCGAAGGAGCAAGAUUCCCCAGCUCCGUCGGCUGAGCGCACGGAAGCCAGUCAGGAGAUUAGUGCUGCCGGAGCACAGGCCGACAAGCCGAAGACCGAGGCCAACGGCGACGGGACUGCAAAUGGUGCCUCCGCGAACGGCCAGAAGCCUAACCCGAAAGACCCGUCGAGACCCCGGAGGAAGAAGGCGAGACGGGCGUGUUUUGCUUGCCAGCGCGCACACUUGACUUGCGGUGAUGAGCGACCGUGUCAGCGGUGCAUUAAGCGCGGGCUCCAGGAUGCGUGUCACGACGGGGUCCGGAAGAAGGCCAAGUACCUCCACGACGCGCCGGAUGGAGCGUUGAUGCCGGGGAUUGGCGGGACGUUUUACAACAACCCCAUGCGCAACAGCUUGCCCCUCUCUCGGAAUGGCGCCAAUGCCGUGAACGCGACCGGUCAGCAGAGCGCUGGCGCAAACUUCUAUCCUACUCCCCAGUCGACUACCUAUGUCUACCAAGAGAAUACCAUCAACCAGGGCUCAUUUCCUUCGCAAUCGCCUGUGUCGCCGACAUUCAACCUCAAGGCCACGCCUACGGCUCGAACCAACAGCCUCUCCUCCGUCAACCCGCAACCACCGUCCACGAGCGUCUCCGGACCCCCAGGCCAGGGUCAAAACCCGUUCGCCGGUCCCUUCUUUGACCCCAGCGACCCCGCUCUCUUCAACUUUGACCUUUCCAGCAUGAACUUUGAGAACCGAUACGGUGCGUUAGAGUUUGGCAUGCUGGGACAUAUGGCGACGGGCGCGGGCGAUUCACCGAGUGAUUCGGCCACGCAGCGCGGGUCUAUGGGGCGCAGUGGCUCGGCACAAUAUGCUUCAACUCCCAUCACUGGGGCACCAGGCUUUGGGGAAAGCCCGGGCAACCAGCAGCCAUUUAUGUUCGGGGACCCGCUUCUCAACGAAUGGCCCAGCGGGCAGGCCCCGGGACAACCGCAUCUGCCGGGGGUUUAUCCGCAGUCCGGGCAAGGCAGCGCGAUUCCUGGUCAUCUGAGCAAAGCGGAUGCGCCGCAUGCAUUUGCCAUCGAAAGCGGACCGGCCAGUUUCAAUAGCCCCGGUGCGACGACUAGUCCGCAGAUGACGACUGGACUCGAAGAGACCCCGUUUCACAGUGCGGUGGCAAGCAAGUCGAACGGGUUAGCCCCGCACGGACAACGACCGAUGAUUACAACACCGAGCUUGAAGCAUCAGAACCUGCAGGUCGGCGUGCGGCGACGACAACGUAACCCGUCGGCCAUCUACGACAGCGUCAAGGAGCCGUACGCAUACACCAGCCGCUUCCAUGGCCUCACGGCAUUCAUCCAACGACGGUUCCCGCCGCAGAAGACGCUUCAGAUCGCCAAGGCGCUGGCGUCGAUCCGGCCGUCGUUCAUCGCGACGACUAAGACGCUCAAUCGGGACGACCUGAUCUUCAUGGAGAAGUGCUUCCAGCGGACGUUGUGGGAAUACGAGGACUUUAUCAACGCGUGCGGCACGCCGACCAUCGUGUGCCGUCGGACGGGUGAGAUUGCUGCUGUGGGCAAGGAGUUCAGUAUCUUGACGGGAUGGAAGAAGGAUGUACUGCUCGGCAAAGAGCCGAAUCUCAAUGUCAACACGGGUGGCUCGUCAAUGCCGAACUCCGGGGCGUCAUCACGCAGCUUCACCCCCCGGUCGACAGUGGACAACACGCCCGGGCGCCCGCAGCCGGUGUUCCUGGCAGAGUUGUUGGACGAUGACAGCGUGGUGCAGUUCUACGAGGAUUUUGCACGGCUGGCGUUUGGCGACUCGCGCGGUAGCGUGAUGACAACGUGCAAGCUGUUGAAGUACAAGACGAAGGAGGACAUGGAGGGCGCAGCAGCGGAGGAUAGCCAGCGCUGGAACAACCACCUGCGCAAGGGAGGGAUUGCCAGCGAGGCGGGGAUGAACCAGCUAGGGUUCAAGGACGGCAAGGUCGAAUGUGCGUACUGCUGGACAGUGAAGCGAGAUGUAUUCGACAUACCGAUGUUGAUUGUGAUGAAUUUCUUACCGUGCAUUUGA